AUGAAGUCUUUGGACAUAUCCUCUCGAGAAAACCUCCUGUUGCGAGCCCUUCUUGCUGAGCGCUUCGGUCAUUUCGCUGGCAUUAUUUUUGCGCGGCCGGAGAACAGUGUCUCAGAAAUCCUCAAUACACACGCUCCUGAUUUGCUGUGGACCGUCCGAGGUUGCAUUGUACAGCCCCCAGUCGUCCACGCAGGUCCGCUUGUUCGUGACUGCCUAGGGUCUAUUUCUCCUGACCAUUGUUACCCAGUCGACGAGACUUCGGACGACCAUGCCGGCAUACGGACCAAUGGCGAAAUUGCCGCAUUCUAG